UGGGACCAUACUAUACGUAAUGCUAAAAAACAACAACAAGGCGUGCGACUGACUUGUGCACUGAGACGUGAAGGACAACGUGGGCACGAUACGGUCGUUUUUUUUGGUCCCAUCUCUCAUAAUUAGGAUGGGCGCGAUAAAAAAUACACUUUCCUUAAUUCCCUCUCUUAGGUUCUCUUCACGAUCCAGAGUAGUUUACGAGGUACUACCUUCGCACGAUUCGAGCAAUGCCGGUUCGCCCUUAGACGGAUCCCCCAUUAUGUCGGACAGUUGGCGCAAAGGGUUCUCGUCACCCCGUCGACGACUAGGAAGUUUACUUCGCACGUCACCGAAGAGAUUAUUCAUUCUGACAAUCACUAUUUUCUUUACACUAUGUCUAUUGGCCGGAGGAAGUUUUAGAGCUAGGCGCUAUUAUGUUGAGAAGGCCAAGGAAGAUGAGAGAGUCCCUUAUCACUGGGAGAAGUACCCCAGGUUAAAUGGGUUUUAUCAUGGUGUUCGUACACUUGUGAACUAUACGGACUGGGUUCCGGAACAACAAAUUACAGCAAAAACUAAACCCCUGAUUCACAAAGAACCUCCCAUGGACCCUGUUGUUGUUAAUCCGUAUCCCGACUUCAGCUCUAGCGAAUACCUUAAAGAUCAUCACCCCGUUCAAAGAUGUUACGUGGAUGAAAAUGAAAAGUUCCCAGCACCCGAUAUUUUCGCAUACCCAGGAAUACCUGCCGGGAUGCCUGCGCCAUUUUGGGGAUCCUACGAGAGCAUUGGGGUUGCACCGGAUAAGUGUUGGGAACGUUUUGGUCGGUUUGGCCCAUACGGUUACAGCUAUAAUCCCGCCGAAGGUGGCUUAGGGCUUUCGAAUAACUCGGCGCAUGCGGGUGCUGAGAAGGUUCAAGAAAUGUUUACCAAGGUUGAUUAUCGCAAUGUGAAUUGGGGCAGAGCACAGAAGAAAUGCUUUGAGAAGAACCAGAAGCGAUUUGAUCCCGAAGCAGCAACCGGGGAUAAGAAAAGAGUUAAGCGCUCUGCUUAUGUGCUACGAACUUGGACCGGCUACCAGUAUACCGAUAUUCAACUCCUGUCUCUGCGAGCCAUGAUCAAUGAGUUGUCUUUAAAGUCUGGCGGUGAAUAUGACGUACAUCUUCUCGUUCACGUCAAAGAUAACUCAAUCCCAAUCUGGGCAUCCAAAGAGGUGUACAACCAGACAAUAAGGGACAACGUGCCUGAAGAAUUCUGGGGUAUCACAACUCUAUGGUCGGAGCAGCAGAUGCGAACAUACUAUCCUGGUCCUUUCCCCGAGGAAGAUAACUUUGAGAAUCAUUCCAAAUCCGACAUCCAUGGCGUUUAUCGAAGUGCUCACUUCGCCUUGCAGUGGUUUGCACAGCAGCACCAGGAGUAUGAUUUCUUUUGGAACUGGGAAAUGGAUCUAAGAUAUACCGGUCACUACUACGAGUUUCAUAAUGGCAUCUCGCAGUGGGCAAAAGAACAACCUCGAAAAUUACUAUGGGAAAGAAGUUCUCGAUUCUGGAUACCCGGUAGGCAUGGUUCGUGGUCCAAGUUCUCUCAACUGGUUGAGCGAGAGACUAUGGAAGGGGAGGACAAGCCAGUUUGGGGUCCAGUAACAUUUCCUACUUCUGGUCCUGGUCCUAUCCCGUCCCCUAAGGAAAAUACGCCCCCAACCAAGUUUGAAGACGAUAAUUUCCAAUGGGGUGUGGGUGAAGACGCGGAUCUAAUCGUCUUCGAUCCGCUAUUUGAUCCGGCAAAGACGAACUGGGUCUUCCGCAGAGAUGUAUCAGGAUAUAACACGUCCCUUGAAAUACCUCCUCGCCGAGUAGCAAUCAUUACCGUCGCGCGACUUUCCAGAGGCUUAUUAAAUACCAUGCACGAGGAAACAUAUCGUUUGCACCACACCAUGUUCCCAGAGAUGUGGCCGCCAACGGUCGCCCUUCACCAUGGAUAUAAGGCGGUUUACGCGCCGCACCCAGUUUACUUCGACCGACAAUGGCCGCUGGACGUUAUGGACAAGACCUUCAACUACCCGCCCACGCCAGAGGAUAGUCCGUUUGGCUGGGGUGAGCACAACAUGCAAGGUGGCAGUUUCUACUAUAAUGCCGGGUUCAGCGGCGCACUAUGGCGACGAUGGUUAGGAGCUAAUGAGAACGGGGAAGGCGGAAAGAAGAUGGAAGAAUCUCGAUCGGAUCGCAUGUGCCUACGAGGAACGCUCUACCAUCCGAUAAAAUCUGAGAGCGUCGAAUAAAUCCGCUCGUGGAUGUGGUUAUCUAAUUUUGGCGUAUUGGCGUUCAGGAAAGAGCCGCGGAUAAGGCUUCUGAUUUCACAUGAAAGCAUUUGAUGCAUUUUCGAGGGGCGGUACAUUUUCUUUCACGGCAUCAUACAGCAUCCAAAAGAUUUCGGUUCUCUCUGCAUAUGGUUUAUGGGGUUCUGAUACCCGUUGAUUUGUGGAUGAUGCCCUUUCCCCCUUAUUAUCACCUUUUUUCUUUCUUUCUCCAUGAGGAUAGAUACAGGCAGGCAGCAGUUUCGAUCGAGAUUGGAUGUCACGCAGUGCAGACGAUGAAGGUAUGAGGCCUGUCCGAUAUUAGCAAGUCGGCAAGUCAACGAGGGGCUGUCCGCUCCAAAUUGUAUAGUAGUAGAUCUUGCGACCAGUGUUUAAUACCCCAAGACACCAAAGGCUAUAGUGCUGUAGUAUUGUAAUGAUUCAAUUGAGCUCUUCAAUCCUGUUUUAUUAGUGAUAUAUGUUUUUUUAUGCAGAUUAGGUUAGUUCUAACAUUUGCACUGAACUCUGUUACCUAUACGAAUCCGUAGUCGUCC